GGCCCCACCCCACGCCUGCCGGGCUACCCCUCGGUCCGGCGGGGCAAGCUGGAGCUUGGCAGGUGCACGCCCGGCACGUGAGCCGGGGAACGGGCCCUGCUCGGGGUUUUCGUGCCGCGCUUCUAGCCUCUCGCUCGGCCUCCUGGCCAGGAGCAGCACCUGGGGCCGAGGAAGCCGCUUCCCCAAGGCGCGGGUGCUGCCCCGCCCGCGGAAAGGGCCCGGGCCGUGGGAGCAGCCGAGCCAGCAGGAGCCGCUUUCAGUUUUCCUUGAGGCGGCUGGUUACUGUUUAACAUCCCCACCCACGUUUCAGUUUGUUUAGUAAAUCGAUCUGAUGCUCGGGCUCAGCCUGGUGCCCUGUCGCCAUUGAGCAAAGUUAAUAUCCCCCGCUCGAGCAUAUGGUAAAGGCUUUGCCAGCGAAACCAGCCCAGCUCCCGCGGCCCGAGCGGGACCAGGGGCCCCCAGGGGGGUGGCGGGAGCCGUUCCCGGGGGAUGCUGCUGCCGCCGCCGCCGCCGCCCUGACUUGCCGAGCUGCGACGCGAGAGGCAACGGAGCCGCGGCUGUGCCCAGCAGACAGUUCUUCAGCAGAACCACUCAACAUGAACACUGCGGACAAUGGAGUCAGUGGUCUUUGUGCAAUAUGUGGAGAUAGAGCAACUGGCAAACAUUAUGGUGCCUCCAGUUGUGAUGGGUGCAAGGGCUUCUUUAGACGCAGCAUACGGAAGAGUCAUGUCUAUACCUGCAGAUUCAGCCGACAAUGUGUUGUUGACAAGGACAAGAGGAAUCAAUGCAGAUACUGUCGUUUAAAAAAGUGUUUUCGAGCAGGAAUGAAAAAAGAAGCUGUGCAAAAUGAACGGGACAGGAUAAGCACAAGAAGGAGCACAUUUGAUGGCAGCAACAUUCCCUCUAUUAACACAUUGUCACAAGCUGAGGCUCUUUCUCGGCAGAUCCCCGUCUCGAGCCCUGGUGCUAGUACUGACAUAAAUGUAAAGAAAAUUGCCAGUAUUAGCGAUGUGUGUGAAUCUAUGAAGCAACAGCUCUUGGUCCUUGUAGAGUGGGCUAAAUAUAUUCCAGCCUUCUGUGAACUACCAUUGGACGAUCAGGUUGCCCUGCUAAGAGCGCAUGCUGGGGAACACCUCUUACUUGGAGCAGCAAAACGGUCCAUGGUGUAUAAGGACAUUUUACUUUUAGGUAACGAUUACAUCAUCCAUCGCAACAGUUCUGAAGUCGAGAUCAGCCGAGUGGCAAACCGGAUUCUAGAUGAACUAGUCCGACCAUUCCAGGAAAUUCAAAUAGAUGACAAUGAGUAUGCUUGCUUGAAAGCAAUUGUGUUUUUUGAUCCAGAUGCAAAGGGAUUGAGCGACCCAUUAAAGAUUAAGAACAUGCGGUUCCAGGUCCAAAUCAGUUUAGAGGAUUACAUUAAUGACCGUCAGUAUGACUCCAGGGGGAGGUUUGGAGAACUUCUGCUUCUAUUGCCUACCCUUCAGAGCAUCACUUGGCAAAUGAUUGAACAAAUACAGUUGGUCAAACUGUUUGGAAUGGUUAAAAUUGACAGUUUGCUUCAGGAAAUGUUACUAGGGGGUACGUCUAAUGAUGCCAGUCAUCUUCAUCAUCCAGUACAUCCUCAUUUAGCUCAGGAUCCAUUAACUGGCCAAACUAUUCUCAUAAGUUCAAUGUCUGCUCCUGUACAUACAGAACAGAUCUCAACUCCAGAAACUCCAUUACCUUCCCCUCCGCAAGGCUCUGGACAAGAAUACAAAAUGUCUACAAACCAGGCUACAGUCAUAACACAGCAAUCAAUUUUAAAACAAAAACCAUUGUGAUAAUUUUUUUUAUUUUUAUUUUUUGUUUUUGUUUUCUUUUCUUUUACAUGCACUAUAUAAAUUGUUAGGACACCUGGAUGGUGGAAACCUCAGGAUAGCAAAUUAGGCCACCCCUGGACCCAAGCAAGUACAGGGGGCUGUUCUUAUAAUUCUUCUGUUUCAAAACUCAGAAAGCAAGAUACACUAUUAUGAAUGAUGAAUUUGUUGUUCACUUGGGGAUACUGGUAGUCUUACAGCAUAUGUAUAUUUUGGUAAUGCCUUUGGAUCAUUGAAUUGAACGGGUUCAUUUGUAUUUCCCAUUUGUAGUUGUCAUCUUAAUAUUGUUUAUUUUAGAUCUGUAAGUAAUUUCUUCAUUGAAAUGUCACUUGGAACUAAUUGUGCUUGUUUAGCUAUGAAUGGUAGAACUUAAGACAUGGAUUAACACAAGCCAAGUGUUCAUAAAUAAUAAAAGAGCAGGUUGUUAAAUAAAACAGACGUAUUACAUUUACAGUGAAAAUACAUAAUGGAUAGGAGGGUCUGUUUCAUUAAAAUAAAUCCUAAUGUGUGGAUACCAGGAUCUUGAAGUAUGACUAUACCACAAGAGUUAAAUGUGUUGAAUGAUAGCUGUCAUGUUUACCUAUCAGUUUAUGUGAAUAUGGUAAAAUGAGAGAACCCGCAACGUGCAGCUGUGUGCUAAAAAUGAAACAUAGGUAUAGGGAAUGACUUUGAUCAUGCACACACACUGUGUUUGCUCACAGUUGGAAUUUGUUAUGAUGAUCUAUUUACUGACUCAGAGAGAGGUUUUCAUGCUACGCUUUCAUUCAUGAAUUAUUGACAUCACAAGAAAAUUGCUACUUCGCACAGUCUGGUUGUUCAUAAGAGAAAUGAUGUUUCCUUUAAUGGAGACUUUCCCCCAAAAAGCUGUUAAAAAGUGCCAAAUAAUGUGGUCUGUUGGGUUAUUUUAAUGAAAUAACACAUUGGAGUCAGAGAUUCAGCAAAGAGAUGUGACCUGGCCCAAAUACCUUGGUUUAUUACAACAUCAUAAGUUCAUACAAUCAUCAUGGAGCAGCUAACUCCCUGACUCUUAAAGCGGUAUACACUCAGCUAAAAGAACUUUUCGUCCUUUUUUGCAAACAUAAAGCCACAAAACCAUGUAAAACAAUUAGAAAAAUUUGGAGUUCUGACUUGUAAACUCAGAAUGCUUUAAUGAGAAUUCACAUAACACCAAGUAGUAUGUGUUUUCCUUUAGGGUAUUCUGCAAUAGUUGUAUUUGUAGUUAAAUCUGCAUACGAUAGCUCUUAAUGUUCGUCUUUUGCUUUUUAAAAAGUGUUUUCUUUUUUAUUGGUUGUUUUGUAUUUUUUAUGAAUAAGCAUAUAUUGCAUUGCUCUGUGGAGCAAUAACGUCUCCUUUCUCAUCUCCUUUAUGAUAUGUAUGAUUCACUUUUUGAUGGUCUUGAUUGUACUCUCUUUGAUGCCUAGGGGAGGUUUGCAAUUAAUUUCAGUGGAAGCAGGGUUGUGUCCCUUGUACACAAAUGGGACCAUAGACGCCGACCCUGUGGGUGCUCCAGGGCUGGAGCACCCAGAGGAAAAAAAAUAGUGGGUGCUCAGCACCUACCAACAGCCCCACAGAUCAGCUCCUCCUCCUCCUGCCCAUCGGUGGAUCCCGAGGAUCAGCUCCUCCCCUUCCCCUGCAGUGCCUCCCGCCUGCCAUUGAUCAACUGUUCAGUGGCAUGCAGGAGGAGAAGGA